AUGCCAGCUAGCUCGCCUGAUACGACUUUGCCAAACGGGCAAGACGGAGCUAUCCCGCCAGGUGUCGCCGGCUACGCGAGGAAGACAAAGGCCAAGAAACCCGUAGACAUGAACGCGUCGAAGCUGCUCAAGCAUCGCAUUGCGCAGCUGGAGCAGGAUGCUGCUGGUGAAAAGGAUCAGGAGGCCGAGAUUGAGCGCGAGGUCAAGAAGGCAAGCCGGGAGAUGAUGCAGCAGGUAUCUAAGAUGACCGACAUGGCCAAAAUUGAGCACCUCACGCGCAAAUCCAGCGAACUCCUGGCCGAUAUGCGACGCAUGGAGCGGGAGAAUCAGAAGAACAAGAAACGGGGCGACGCCCUUCAAAAGGAGAAGGAUGCGAACCGCACCGAGCUCAGCAAGACGGUUGGCCUCAAGGACAAGCUGGAGAAGUUGUGUCGUGAGCUGCAGAAGGACAACAACAAGUACAAGAACGACAACAAAACCUUCCAGGACAACCUCAAGCACAAUAGCGCAUCCUACGAUGAAAAGUAUUCGAUAUUACUAUCCAAACUCGAGGGCAUACAGGAAGAAAAGGACCAUCCCCGCAAGCAGGUUGUAGAGAUAGGCGUCGAGACGCUGUUCAGGAACCGUUUCAAGUCCUUUAUUGAGCAGUACGAGCUCCGGGAGCUGCAUUUCCACUCGCAGAUGCGCACCAAAGAGCUUGAGGUGCAAUACCACAUGGCACGGUACGAGCGCGAGAAGAAAAACGCGGAGGCCGAAGCUGCCAAGGCGCGCCAACUCCAGGAGCAGGUCCGGACCUUCACCAAGACGGAGACGGAACUGAGGAAUCAACUCAACGUCUACGUGGACAAGUUUAAGCAGGAAAUGGAGGAGAUGUCCAAGAAGACGAAGCGGCUGGAGAAGGAGAACGAGACGAUGAAGCGCAAACACGAGGCGACGAAUGCCAACAUCAUCUCCAUGGCGGAGGAGCGCGAGGCCAUGCGGACCAAGACGGCCGAAGCAACCAAGAAGACGGGCAAACUUAUCAGCAUCAUUGAGCAGAUGCAGCAGCAAGGCCGCAAAGUGCCUCCGGGCAUGGCGGCCACGCUGGAGAGCUGCUACUCGGAUAGCAACGGGCACGUGGAUGGGGACGGAAGCGACUACUCUGACGAGGGCGACGACGACGAGCAAAGCGAAGAAUUCGACGACGACACGGAGGAAGAGCCGCAGGCCGCCGAUGAUAUGCCACCACGGCCCUAUGGCCCUGAACGCCCGCCCGUAUCGGCCCCUCAAGCCGCGACAAACGGACACUAG